UUGGUGUGUGUGCAGAAGAAUCAGUAAUGAAGUGCUUGUAUCUUCUGUCUGUUGUAUUUCAUGUCGCUGCAGGUACCGGCUGUGCUUUCUCUGGUGAUAAUAAUCUGAGAGAAAUCACACGACACAGAGGUGGUUCAGUGCUGUUACCCUGCUCCUGCUCUGACCUCAACACCAAACCUCAGAAAUUCACCUGGGAGACCAGCAGAAAAGGACAUCUGACAGAAGUGUUAAAUGAUGAGCACUACCAUGGCAGAUUUCAGCUGUUUAAUAACAUUUCUCCUGCUAAUCUGUCUCUGCUCCUGUCUGACCUGAGAGAAGAGGAUCAGGGAGUCUACAAGUGCAGCACUGAGAGGGAACACAGAGACAUCAGGCUUUAUGUUCAAGUAGGAAGAAGAGAAACUUCAACACACUCAAGCAAAACAGACACAACACCUCCAUCAGAACAGCAUCAGAGUAAAACAACAAACUCUCCACCUACAGCCUCUUCAACAACACUGAAACAAGUGUUUGGCAUUCUGGCAGUUUUAUUGUUUGUGAUACCUGGUGUAGUGACAUUUAUUUGUUGGAGACGUAGAGGAGGAAGAUGUGGAGAGAACAGGAUUACUGAAGAACGUCCAGACUGUAAGAGAAAGCAGAUGGAUCAGACUGGAUCUGAUGUUACGUACUCCACUGUAACCCACAUUAACACAGCUGGAGCAGCACGGGUUCAGAUCAACGCUGAAGAGAAAACUGAAUAUACCAGCAUUAUAACAAACUAACCCACAGUAAAUAUAUAGAAUAAUGCUGAAAACACAAGGUUUCUUAAAUACACUCCAUAGUCAGCACAGGAUUCGCAAUAUUGGCUUUGUUUAUUUUGUUUUUUUUAUUAAAACCAUAAAUAACAGAUUUAAUCACAUUUGUGUGCUGAUGGAUAAUCUUGCAAAUUAUAUUUUGAGUGUCCAUGUCAUUUGAGAUCUUUUGUGUACCAUUCUUAUAUCACACGGAAAAAAAAAAUGUUCUUUUAGGUUUUUGUCAUCAUCUUGUUUUGCAUAAGAUGACUACUGUAGAAGUUUGUGAAAGUCUCUUUGGUCUGACUGUGCAUUUUGAAACUAGUUUUUGUGAAAUUCUCCUAAACCUCCUUAUCGUUUAUUAAGGGGUGCUGGACAGUGUGUUUGUUGAAUGUGAAGUAUUUUACAUUAUUGGUUGUACGUGAUACAAUUCUGAUGAACUGAUGCUGUGAGAAAGAGGAAGUAACCAUUCUACCAUGCUGCCUUGGUCACAGUCAUGUGGUCAAUAUGACAUGCAGGGUGUCUCAUAAUGGCUCUGAAGUACCAUGAGAGAGCUAUUUCUUCAUGCAGCUGUGGUUUUAUAAACUUGUCAGAGGUGUGUGUGCAUGCAUUGCCAAGACCUUGCAACAAAGUCAUCAAGUGACAUAUGAUUGCAAAAUAGCAUCUUGCAUAAAUUCAUAUCUUGGAUAAUCUCGUCACAGGAUGCCAAGAUUUGUGAACAAGUUGACUUGUUCAAGAAACAAGAAAAGACCUUUUUUUCUGCUUAAAACAUUUAUGCUUUGCCCAGGGCAUUGCUUAAAAAAAAAAUCCUGCUUCAGACCAGUCAUAGAAAACUUGCUGUGCUGAUCGUCUUCUUCAGCUGAGAAUUGUUAUAUUUUGGCACAAGUGGCUGUUUACGAAAUUGAUAAAAAUAUGUUUGUCAAGCCCCAGGAAGCCAUAGCCUAAUGGUUAGAGAAGCAGUCUUGGGACAAAAAGGUUGCUGGUUUGAGUCCCUGGAACAGCAGGAGUGGCUGAAGCCCUAGGCUGCUCUGGGUAUGUUGUACUGUAUGUCACUCUGGAUAAAAAGAGUCUGUUAAAUGUCAUGUCAUACUUGAAACUGGUACAGGCUGUUCUGAUUGCUACUUGUUUUGGUUAGUUCAAGCCUUGAGAUUUAUCUUCGCUCACACAUUAUGCUCUCUGCUUAAUGAAGGUUAUAUUGACAAGUAAUGUCUUCUUUCAUCAGAUUAUGAUCCAAACAAGUGAUGGUACAGUAUAUACACUGGCAGAAAUAGAGGUACAGGAGGAGUCCAAUUCUGUACCCCAUGGUACAAUCUACACGAAUGUACCCCCUAGGGCUUAUUAUUGGACUUUAAGGUCCUUUUUAGGGUCAGAAAGGUACAUAUACAGUUUGUUCCCAAUUUGUAUAUAAAUGGUGCAAAUAAGUGCCUUAGAGAGUACUGCCCCAGUACUAAGCCAGUGUACCCCAAAAAGUACAGUCAUGUACUGUGUUUUCUGACAGUAUAAUGUCUCUCUUCUUUCAUUAAGUAGUGUAGUCUAAACCAGUGAUGUAAUGCUUCAUCACCCAUUGACGUUAUCCUGUCAUACAUAGAUAACUUACCUUCUUAAAUCAUCAUUAUCCAAUCACAUAGCUACAACACACUCUCUUGAAUGUGAAUAUAUACUCCUGUUUGUCCUUCAAUAAACUGAGAAACAUCUCUUAGCAGCUGUGUCUGUGUCAGUGACUGUUUUGCUCCCAGAUCAGUCCGUGAGACAGAAUCACUUAGGCGGCAGAGCUCUACAUUCCUAGAUCAUACUUUGUCGAUUCAACCUCCUUUGGUACAGA